CGUUACCCACUCCAGCCAGCAGAUGGCGAUGGGCGUCUUUCAGGUGAUGCUUCAUGCGUGACGUAUAAUGGACUGGACGGGACGCUUCUUCAGGAACAACAACACGGCUUCUCUUUCAACCACCUCGGUAGCUUGCUAGCCAACAUAAAACUGAAAGAUUGAUUAUUUAGACCAUGUUAUUGUACAUUAGCUAAUCUCAGUGUUUUAAACUAAUUUCGGUUGACGUGUCUACUGGUUAACUUUAACCUAAUGUGCUUGUUCAAUUUGCAAACUUGUUAAAGAUUGAUACUGAGGUUAGCACUAGGCUAGUCGCUAAUGCUAACUAACUAUCCUUGACCAUGAGCUCACUAAACUACUCCUCCCCUGCUAAAGAAGAGGUCUACUCUAUGGAGAAAGAAGCUCUGGGACUGAACAUCGUGGAAGUAGAAGAAGAGGAGGGUGUUACAGUGAAAAGAGAGGAAGAAUCUUUCAGAAUGAUAAAAGAAGAGGAGGAUAUUACAGUGAAAAGAGAGGAAGAAUCUUUCAGAAUGAUAAAAGAAGAGGAGGAUAUUACAGUGAAAAGAGAGGAAGAAUCUUUCAGAAUGAUAAAAGAAGAGGAGGAUAUUACAGUGAAAAGAGAGGAAGAAGCUUUUAGAGAGGAAGAGGAUGCUGUCUCAAUAAAGGUGAAGGAGGAAGACGUUUUGGGAGUGAAAGAAGAGGAGACAGAAUAUCUGAUUAACACCCGAGACAGACAUGACUAUCGUGGAUCCUCUGGGGAGCCUCAACAACAUCCUGAUGCUGACGAGGCAGAGAAGAGUCUCUCCAGAUCAGAACACCAGAUGGACAACGCUAGCCCUUCCUCCCUCCCGGAGUCCCUAUGUCAUGCCUCUCCCGGUAGCACCUUACUGCUGGGUAUGAAGAGGUUGUCUGUGCUGCUGGUGGACUGCAGGAAAACAACAGGGCUGAGUGGAACUGUGAGAGGAGGAGAAGAGAAGAAAGGAUCAGAUUUAACUCAAAGAGAGAGACCAGACUCGGAGGAACCAGAGCCAGGUAUGUCCAAACCAGCAAGACGACACCAGUGCUCCCAGUGUGGAAAGAGUUUUAACCAAAAAGGACACCUGAACCAACAUGAGAAAAUACACACAGGGGAGAAGCCUUACCACUGCUCCCAGUGUGGAACGGGUUGUAACGGGUUAAGGGACCUGAAACAACAUGAGAGAAUACACACAGGGGAGAAGCCUUACCUCUGCUCCCAGUGUGGAAAGAGUUUUACUGUGUUAUGUAACCUGAAAACACACGAGAGAAUACACACAGGGGAGAAGCCUUACCACUGCUCUCAAUGUGGAAAGAGUUUUAACCAGAAAGGACACCUGAAGCAACAUGGGAGAAUACACACAUGGGAGAAGCCUUACCACUGUUCCCAGUUUGGAACAGGUUGUAACCAGUUGAGGGACCUGAAACGGCCUGAGAGAUUACACAAAGGUGAGAAGCCUUACCAUUGCUCCCGGUGUGGAAAGAGUUUUACAACGAUAGGGACACUGAAAAUUCACGAGAGAAUACAUACAGGAGAAAAGCCGUACCACUGCUCCCAGUGUGGAAAGAGUUUUACAACAUUAUGGAGCCUGAAAAUACACGAGAGAAUGCAUACAGGAGAAAAGCCGUACCACUGCUCCAAGUGUGGAAAGCGUUUUACCCACUUAAGUAAUCAGAAAAAACAUGAGAGAAUACACACAGGGGAGAAGCCUUACCACUGCUCCCAGUGUGGAAAGAGAUUUAGCGAGUUAGGAAGCCUGAUGGCUCAUGAGCGAAUACACACAGGGGAGAAGCCUUACAAAUGCUCAGACUGUGGGAAAACAUAUUACUCAUCACAGUCACUUAAAAGACAUGUGAGAGUCCACACAGGGGAGAAAACAUGAAUUGAACAUGGAGUUUGUCAGUUUGAAUAAAGAGUAGAUCAGAUUCCUUGUGUUUAAAUGGUCAGAUAAUCAAGUGAUAUUUGGAUGUGAUGCAUUUGAAAUUAAAUGUAUCACAGACUCUGUAAUGUAAAAUGUUAAUUAUAUGUGUCACACAUAACUGAGUAUGACUAACCUUGUUAAACUGUCCUAUUAUAAUCUCCUGUUCCUGGGAGUAUCAUCCUGUGUUGCAAACCAGCUGCACCUGCAUCCUUGUAUGAAUAAAGUCCCUCCCAGGAACAGGAAACUAUAAAGAUAUGUGCCCAUCACCCACUGCUUCAGCAAUUCAGACUGUCUACACUGCGCUGUGUAACUCUGUUAUUCUCUCUGAGCUCAGAAAUAAAGAAUCUCGGUUUGACUUGGA